AUGGAAAAUGAUAGCUUAAUAGAAAGAGAAAAACCUGAGGAAUCUGAAUCACCUCAAUCGGAAUUGCAGAUUCUGGGAAACCAAAAUAGCCAGGCCUCUACUAGCGAAUCAGGAAAUCAGCCUGAUAAAGUUCCAGAGGUACAGGAUUUGGAUGCUGAGGCAUUAGCAGUUCUGGGUGAAAUAAACAUAGAGCAAGAAAAAGGUCCACCUCUUCACCCUGAAAUUGCAAACAGAUGGACACCCAUUCUGAGCAAAGGCCUAAAAAAGGAAGACAAGAGAGAGCUUAUGCAAAAAUAUAUGCCAUUCGAAAAUGUGCCACGUUUAAUAGCACCAACUUUGAACCCUGAAUGUAUCUCAGCAAUUUCAGCAUCUAUGCUGAAAAGGGAUACAAUUAUUAAAGAAAAACAAAAACAAAUAGCUGCAGUAUUGACUGCUAUUGGCUCUGGUUUAGAGUCCAUAUUAAAGAACGGAGACAAAAUAGAAAUAAUCCGUAACAUAAAUGAUGCAUCCAAACUAUUAUGUGAUUAUUUUCAAUCUGAGACCAAUAAUAGAAAAAUUUUAAUUACUAAUGCAGUUAAUCACAACCUUAAGGAGACUCUAAAGGGGGCCAACAAAGACUUUAAACUGGCGGGGCCCUCCUCAGUUGAGCACCAGGCUGGGGGGGAAGAGAAUAACCAAGCCCAAAAACAAGCAGCAGCAACAACAACAGAAACCACUGCCUCCUCGACGAUAUUAGAGGUUCCUACACCACAGAUCACCGCACUCUCUUCACAAGAACCUAUCUUUGAUGGCAGGUCUGCUCUCCGCCAGAAAUUUUUAAGCACAGGCAUUGGUGAGGAAGCCACCAACAUUAUGUUGAAUUCAGUAUCAGAAAAUACACUUAGGCAGUACUUACCUUACCUCAGGGACUGGCUUAUAUACUGUUCAUCUAACAAUAUUAGUACAAAUACUGCCAAUAUUUCACAAAUUAUAACUUAUCUCACAGUAAAGUUUGAUGAAGGGUUCUAUAGGUUGAGACCAAAUAAUCCCAAAUAUCAAUUCACUUGGAAUGUAUCAGAAGUGUUCAAUUACCUUGAGCUUCAUCAGAUGGAUACAAAGGAUGUAAAAUUCCAAACAAAGAAAACAGCAAUGCUGUUUGCUCUAGCAACAGGACGAAGAGCACAAACCUUAGCAUCAGUGGAAAUUGACAAAAUAAAAAUAGAGAAUGACAAGAUUUGUAUUACAAUCUCCAAAUUGUUAAAGACAUCAGGCCCCUACAGACAGCAGCCAUUGCUUGUAUUACCUUUUUUUUGA